ACCAGCACGUUUCUUAUGCAGUGGCUGUGAAUGUAAACAAAGAUGCUUUUGUCGCAUUUAUCAACCAUAGAGAUAUAUGUUAGCCAUCAAGUUUAACACGAUCAUUUAAGUAUCCAGCAAUAUUGUUUAACUUGUUGUAAACAUUUUUAUUUCACAAUGGAGGGGUUGUCGUCUUUCCAUAAUCUACAAGCGCUCUCUGCCCUCUUAUCCACGCAGGGAGACGAUGAUGAAGAUGAUUGUAAAAAUAUGAAAUCCUCAGCCCUAAUGAGUCCCGGUGAUAUUCAUGCACCUCCAUCUGUUGCCAACAAAACAGGUACAACAGCCUACGCCAAAGCGGACAGUAAAGCCAUCUGGUGUGAGGAGGAGGUGAUAGAGGGGUCGCAGUUUGAUGACCUCACAGACACACGGCCACAACCUGAGUACGACAUAGUGUUGAAGCAGAGUGUUGGGACGGAGGACAUUUUUCUUGGGAUGAGUGGAAAGGAUCCCUCUUCCAUGUGCUGUGACAGCAUGCUGGUUAAAAUCAAAAUGCCAGGCACCAAAGCAUCAGAUGUAGUCCUGGAUGUGAAGGACAAAUUCCUUGAUCUGCGAACACCAAACUAUAAACUAGGUCUUCACCUUCCACACCCAGUUCACAGUCAGGAAGGAAAAGCCCAUUUCUACAGUGAAAGACAGGAGUUGGAAGUCACUUUACCCAUGAAUCGCCUCAUGGACCAAAUCAACCUGCAAUGAAUAACAAACCCAGUUGGAAAUUAAUACAAACUGUACUACCACUCUUUUGCAGCAUUUCAACCUAUUAACUUUGCAGUAUAUCUUAUGCUUUUCUUAACAAUGCUUCUAGCAGGCUUGAGUUGAGAAAUGUAUACAUGUGUGCCCAGAUGUGUGCAAAGCCUUUAUCUCUCAUGAAGCAGGAGAUGUAUUGUAAAUGACUACAGCUAUGGAUUCCAUAUUUUAUAUCUGACCGUUUUAAAUAAAACAAAUAGUUACAAUCGUA